AUGGUUAACGACAAGCUCCCCGGCAUAUCACAACCUAGGCCUUCUCCCGUUACGCUUACCGGUUCAAAGGCUCGCGCGCCGGGACAACCUGUUAGUAGAAUGGGCUCAGAAUCGACACCAUCAGAAAACGUACCAGGCCACACCCGCCUCGUUUUCCAAAAUUCACCUUUAGCUGGGCGCACUUCCAAUACGUCAAACUUCACUGGCGAUAGGUGGUGGAGGAUCCAUCUUUUCAAAGGGAUGAAAAAUGAUAUCAGGAGACGAGCACCCUACUACUGGAGUGAUUGGAAGGAUGCAUGGGACUAUCGAGUCGUGCCAGCGACAGUUUAUAUGUAUUUUGCAAACAUCCUACCCGCUCUUGCCUUCUCGCUGGAUAUGUUUGAGAAGACACAUAUGAGCUAUGGUGUGAACGAGGUUCUUCUUGCCUCGGUUCUAGGCGCGGUGGUUUUUGCUCUUUGUGCCGCCCAACCGCUUGUAAUAGUUGGUGUGACUGGCCCCAUCACUGUGUUCAAUUAUACCGUGUACGAUAUAAUAACACCAAGGGGCACGAAUUAUCUGGCGUUUAUGGGAUGGAUUGGAAUCUGGUCUCUCAUUAUGCACUGGGUACUCGCCAUCACAAACUCCUGCAAUGGCCUAACAUAUGUCACUCGAUUUUCGUGUGAUAUUUUCGGAUUUUACGUCGCAUUUAUAUAUAUUCAGAAGGGGAUUCAGGUAUUAACAAGGCAAUGGGGAACAGCUGGAGAGACAUCAGCCUAUCUCUCCAUUAUGGUGGCUCUCCUUGUCCUCAUGAUUAGCUUUAUAUGUGGAUGGAUUGGAAAUAGCCAUUUAUUCAAACGACCUAUACGGAAAUUUAUUGAGGACUACGGUACCCCACUAACCAUUGUUUUCUUCACGGGAUUUGUCCAUACCGGUCAUAUGAAACAUGUGCAUGUAGAAACUCUCCCUACAACAAAAGCGUUUUUUCCUACUUCUAGCCGUGGUUGGCUAGUACACUUCUGGGAUAUCGAUGUUAGCGAGGUCUUUCUUGCUAUUCCUUUUGCUGUGCUUUUGACCAUUCUAUUCUAUUUUGAUCAUAAUGUCUCGUCUUUAAUAGCCCAGGGUACCGAAUUUCCACUCAAAAAGCCGGCUGGAUUUCAUUGGGACAUUUUCCUACUCGGGUCGACUACUGGGAUUGCCGGAAUCGUGGGCAUUCCAUUCCCAAACGGGCUUAUUCCCCAGGCUCCUUUCCACACCGCGGCUCUGUGCGUCACCAGACAGGUUGCAGACGACGAAGAAACCAACAAAGGCAAGUCGGUUCGCAUCAUCGACCACGUUGUUGAACAGCGACUCAGCAAUCUCGCACAAGGCCUGCUGACCCUGGGAACAAUGACGGGACCACUUCUGGUCGCCUUGCACCUGAUUCCCCAGGCAGUCAUGGCUGGCCUUUUUUUCAUUAUGGGUGUUCAAGCCCUGUUGGCCAAUGGCGUAACCCAGAAGCUUUUUUUUCUGAUACAAGAUAAAAACCUAACACCAUCGUCAGAGCCCCUUAGACGGAUUGAACGGAGGCUGGCAAUUUGGUGUUUUGUUGGCAUUGAGCUAAUUGGCUUUGGUGCAACCUUUGCGAUUACGCAGACGAUUGCUGCCAUCGGCUUUCCUGUGUUUAUCAUUUUGCUUAUUCCUGUACGGACAUUCUUGCUUCCGCGGUGGUUCACCCAAGAAGAGUUGUCCAUUUUGGAUGCACCUACCGCGAGUCCAUUCACGAUGGAGAGUGUUGGUGGGGCGUACGGGCAUGCUCCCGGUGGCUAUGGCAAUACUUUGAGAUCAACGGAUGUGCCAGAACUCGGCGGACGUUCGGGCGUAUUUGUCGGUGAUUUUCCAACCGGGAAUGAUUUAGAUAUUGGCCAAAAUCAGGGGAGUUAA